GAUGAUGGCGGGACUACAACGUCAGUAUUUGAAGAUCAUCGAAUUACAAAACUUCAAUUACUAAAUAGAAAUUCCGUUAGAGAAUUUGAGUCGGUGUAGUACGAUUGUUAUGGGUGUAGUGAAUUUGGACACUAAUAGAAUUGUGGAAUUUAAUAAUCUAUUUUGGUUAUAAAACAAUUUAUUCUCAUGUGUGCUGUAAGAAUUUGUGUCACGAGGUGAAAUUUGUAGCAGUCAUAGAUCAGAAUAAUGGUGACAAGGUUUAUUCAAAAAAAAAAUCAUCGAUCAACCGACGUCGAGUCAUUGUGUAGUCUAUUUAAUUCUUUUGUAAAUUUAAUAACGCCUACUACCAAUUGGCAAGUGGAAGUCAGUCGAAGGAAGAAACGAGACUAAGGAUCGUAAACAGCCUGACGUAGGCAAGGUCUACUGAGGAUGGACCAGUCCUCAAGAUUUUCGAGUGACGUCAUUCUACCAAAACGUGUAACUUCAUAAUGACUACUUUCUACUUUCCACGAGUGAGCAGCGGCUGCAGGAUGAGAUUAAUUACCGCAACCUUAGUGGCAGUGCUUGUCAGCGCAGUAACUACUCAGGAGCGACAUGCCCUCUUCGUGAGAAAGUCUGCGAGCCAUUCGAGAGCCGUGCGAGCUGCUCCGGAUACGCCAGCAGACGUGAUGGCUCGAAAUAUCCUAGAGUGGAUUCAAGGCAUCUACCGUCAGGGUACACGGAAAAUUCGGCAGCAGUCUGAACCGAAUGCUUACCUACCGCCAUACAGUACACAAAGACCAAUAGAAAGACCAAGACCGUUCCAGCCAGCUUCAACGCCUCCACAACAGACUUACUCUCCACCAGACGUUCAGUACCAGAAACCAUCAUCACAACCUAGUUAUGGAGCGUCAUCAUUACCAACGUCAAGACCAACUUAUAUACCACCUGCAACUAACCAGCAGUCAGCAUCAUCGGGUUUUGGUGCCUCGGUUGGCUUCAGUUCCUCAGCAGGUUACAGUCCUCAAUCGAUUCCAACUUCAGCACCUCCGUCUUACUCAGGAAGUGGUCAAUCGACUGCAGGAUUCUCGUCCUUAGCAUCUGUAGGAUUUUCCUCUUCAGCAGCUUCUGGAUACCCAUCUUCACCUUCGUCCGGAUAUCCAUCAUCAGCACCUGCAUCAACGACACUUCAACCUCCUGUAAACGUUGGCUACCCAUCAGCUUCAUCGACUUAUCUGCCACCGACUAAUACAGGUUAUCCGUCGAUCAAUAAGCAAACCUCAAAAUCAGCUACACCUGUGGUUUCCUUUCCCUCUACGACCUAUGGGUACCCAUUGUCAUCUAGUCCGUCACCUGGUUUCCCGACGCCCGGAAGUACGUCUGAAUCUGGAGGUUAUCCCUCCUCUGUGGCACCUUCACCUUCACUCCCAUCUCCUGUUCCAGGAGACACAGGGGCUAAUGGUGAAGAUGGUUCAGCAACUUCAGGAACAGGAACCUCUGUUGACGUUAAUACCGAUGGUGGUGAUGAUGAUCUGAAGCAUCCUCCACAUAUUCAUAAUAUUGAUGUGGAAUGUAGUAAAACUAUGAUGACUAUUAACAUUGAAUUUAAUCGGGAAUUCGAUGGUGUCAUCUAUUCGAAGGGGUACUACACAAAUCCAGACUGUCGUUAUGUAUCACAGAAUUCUGGUCAAAAAGAAUAUUCUUUCACUGUCAGUCUAGAUUCUUGUGGUACUCAGUUUAUCAACGAUUUCGAAGGAGAGGCUGGUCAGGCGUACUUGGAAAAUGUUUUGGUACUACAAAACGAACCAGGUAUUCAAGAAGUUUGGGAUACAGUGCGCAGAGUACGCUGUUUGUGGGAAGGAAAUAUUAACAAGGCUCUUUCUGUGAGUUUGUCAGUCGACAUGUUGAAUCAAGAAAUCGUCACAUUUAGUGGUGACACUGCGUCAGCCAGAUUAGAUAUUCAAACCGGACGUGGACCUUUCGCACCAGCUGCCGAUGGCCUAGUCAAGAUAGGUGAAAUCAUGACCCUAGUUGUGUCUGUCGAGGGUGAUCCUGGUUUUGAUUUACAAGUGCGCGACUGCAUUGCUCGUGAUGAAUCAUCAACCAAUACUGUCCAGUUGACGGAUGAACGAGGCUGUAUUUUAAAACCAAAACUGUUUGGUGCUUUCCAAAAAACCAGGGAUACUGGUAACACGGGUGCAUCCAUCAUCGCCUAUGCAUUCUUCCAGGCAUUCAAAUUUCCAGAUGUUAUGGAUUUAUUUAUUGAGUGCAAUGUUGAAUUAUGUAAGACUGACUGCGACGCGUGUCCAGAUCCGAAUCAGCAAAUUGAACCACGUAAAAGGCGUGACGUCACUUAUGCCGCUUCCAAUAUUACCGGAGGAGCUUUAUCAGAUCCAGUUCGCGUUAGUCGUGGAUUCAAGGUCAUCAUGCCUGAUGACUUGAGUCAAGCCUCUGUACAGGCUUUGGAGAAGAUGGAAAUGACCAUCGAUGAAAUCAGUCAAAUCAGGAACGUGUGCAUGAGUCACGGAGGAUUUUAUGCAAUGUUUUCUCUUUUACUCAGUUUCCUUGUUAUUACCACGAUAAGUACCGCCAUAUUAUAUUUGAAAUUACAAAAAAUCCGGACGGCAAAAGGUUCUGAUCUACCCAAAGGACACUAAGGAUUUUUUUAAAUGUAGAACUGUCAUUCUACUUGACACCUUCAUAAUCAAGGAUAUUUAAUCGUCACUGUUGAAACGAAAAAUCAUUCAUUAAUAUUCCUCGACUGACGAAAUGGGAAUUGACAAGUCGAUGGUAUAUUCGUUGACAAUUUGCAAUUAUACUCAAGACUCAGCUUAAUAGUAACAAGAGUAAAUUGGCAUUUCUUUGUUUUUGUAAAGUACAGAUUUCACUGUUAAACUUGCGCUGUAAUAAAUUGUUUUUCUCAAUUUUGGAAAUAGG